AACUCUCCAGAUCUUGACAUUGAUGCCCCUUCAGGCAAAUUCAAGAUGCCCAAUUUUAAGAAACCCAAAUUUGGUUUCUCUGGACCUAAUGUUAAAGGACCAGAAAUCGAUGCAGAUUUAAAUGCACCAGAUCUGAAUCUGUCAGCCCCAAAAAUUGAAGGAAAACUGAACACUCCAGAUAUUGAUGCUAAGUUACCAAAAGCCAAAUUUUCCAGCCCUGACAUUGAUCUGAACUCUCCAGAUCUUGACAUUGAUGCCCCUUCAGGCAAAUUCAAGAUGCCCAAUUUUAAGAAACCCAAAUUUGGUUUCUCUGGACCUAAAGUUAAAGGACCAGAGAUCGACGCAGAUUUAAAUGCACCAGAUCUGAAUCUGUCAGCCCCCAAAAUUGAAGGAAAACUAAACACUCCAGACAUUGAUGCUAAAUUACCAAAAGCCAAAUUAUCUAGCCCUGACCUAGACCUGAAAUCUCCAGAUCUUAACACUGAUGUUCCUUCAGCCAAAAUCAAUUUGCCUAAUUUUAAGAAACCCAAAUUUGAUUUCUCUGGACCUAAAGUUAAAGGACCAGAAAUCGACGCAGAUUUAAAUGCACCAGAUCUGAAUCUGUCAGCCCCUAAAAUUGAAGGAAAACUAAACACUCCAGACAUUGAUGCUAAAUUACCAAAAGCCAAAUUAUCUAGCCCUGACCUAGACCUGAAAUCUCCAGAUCUUAACACUGAUGUUCCUUCAGCCAAAAUCAAUUUGCCUAAUUUUAAGAAACCCAAAUUUGAUUUCUCUGGACCUAAAGUUAAAGGACCAGAAAUUGACGCAGAUUUAAAUGCACCAGAUCUGAAUGUGUCAGCCCCCAAAAUUGAAGGAAAACUAAAUACUCCAGAUAUUGAUGCUAAUUUACCCAAAGCCAAAUUAUCUGGCGCUGACUUAGAUCUGAAAUCUCCAGAUCUUGACGUUGAUGUUCCUUCAGCCAAAAUCAAUUUGCCUAAUUUUAAGAAACCCAAAUUUGGUUUCUCUGGACCUAAUGUUAAAGGACCAGAAAUCGACACAGAUUUAAAUACACCACAUCUGAAUCUGUCGGCCCCCAAAAUUGAAGGAAACCUCAACACUCCUAACAUAGAUAUGAAUUUACCCAAAGCUGACCUAACUGGCUCGGACCUACAUCUAACAUCUCCUUAUCUUCACAUUGAUGCUCCUUCAGGACAACUUAAAAGUAUAAAUUCACCAAAUGCAGACAUUGACAGUCCCAAAUUCAGCAUGAAAGACCCCGAUAUUGCCGGAGAGCUCAAAAUUCCAGCUGCUAAAACACCAACAUUUGGAAUUUCAGGGUCAAAAGUGACAGACUCAGAUCUCAACAUAAAGUCCAGUUUAAAUAAACCUGAUUUUACAGUGCCCACAAUUAGAGGGGAAUUGAAUCCCCCUGAAAUUGUUAAUUUACAAAAAUCUAACCUCAAAGGCACUGAAUUGGGUCUUCAUGCUCCAAAAUAUGACACUGAUGUUCCUUCAGGAAUAGUUAAAGUGCCAAAUUUAAAAAUGCCCAAUAUUGGGUUAUCAGGGCCAGCAGUAAAAGUACAAGAUAGUGACCUAUAUAGGAGUAUGGAGACUCCUGAUUUCAGUGUGUCUGUCCCCAGAGUUAUAAGUAAACAAAAAAGUCAUGAAAGUAAUGCGGAUUUAACAAAAGAUUACCUCAAAAGUCCUGAACUAGGCAUAAAUAUUGAUAUGCCAACAUCUGAUAUUAGCUUGGAACAUAGUGAGACAGAGAUUACUGAAGCACUGCCUGAAUUGGAGGUACCAGUUUUUAAAUUUCACAGAUUUUCAAGAAACGUUAAUGCCCCAACAGGCAACUCUGAGGUCUCAUAAUGAACUUCAAAGAUCUACAUGUUUCCAGCCAUAGUCUAACUUGAUAGAUACUUGCAUACCUGAUUUCCUAGAAUUUCAAAAAAGGUAUCAUCACCAUGUUUAGACAUCAAAGAAAGGCUGCAAAUGUUUAAACACUAUUUCAGUGAAAACUGGUGAAACUUAUCAGCAGAAACACCUUUAUCCCAUAUCAUACUCUCUGAAGUCUUACAAGAUGCCACUGGUCCCAGCUUUGGGGUCAAUGCAGAUACAUAGAAAGUAAUUAAGCCAGAUGUAAUACUUCCAAAAUUAUCCAGCAGUAAAACACCUGGGAAUCAGAAAAAAGAUGGCAAAUGGUAUCACAUUGGGCUAAACCUGCAACAAACAGAAGCAGCUAAUAGCUGAGUAAACAAGUUUCCUAAUGCAGAAAAUGGGUUAUUACUAGAUUUUCCUAUAUGGUUAAUAAAUGAACUAGAAAUGAAUGCAAAGUACAAAUGUGCAAUCUUUAAAAUUUGCCAUUACUCCAUUGUAAAUACAUUAUUUGUGUAUACUGUCCUUAAUCUCUAGCUAAAAAGGUAAAGCCGUUUAUGGUAUAUAUGUAAUGUUAUAACUCAUAUGAUAUAUUAUUUUGUAUAACUAAGAAAAAUCAUUAGACAUACAUCCAGAGUCGAAUGAGAUUAAAGCAACUGUAAUAUAGCUUCUUAAUGUGUGUAUUCAACUUUUUCUGCAUAAUACAUAUUGUAAAUGAUGUAUUAUUUACAAGGUCAUCUAUUAACAUGUUCAAUAAAUAUAAUUUAAAUAUCA